UGGCUGCUGCAGCUUUGGACCCAUAAAAGGCGGUGGUUUCACGCCAUGUCAUAGUCACAGUGGUUCUUCGGGGCUUUGGCAGGAAGGAUUUCCAGGGACGGAGUAGCAACACGCAAAGUAAGAAUCUUCCGUCCGUGAAGAAGAGGGCAGGUCAGCACAAGUGAGGCCGGCUCCAUGUAUCCGGAAUCGACAACGGGCUCCCCAGCGCGGCUCUCUCUGCGGCAGACGGGCUCCCCCGGCAUGAUCUACAGUACUCGGUAUGGGAGCCCCAAAAGACAGCUCCAGUUUUACAGGAACCUGGGCAAGUCGGGCCUGCGGGUCUCCUGCCUGGGGCUCGGAACAUGGGUGACCUUCGGAGGCCAGAUCACCGAUGAGAUAGCAGAGCAGCUGAUGACCUUGGCCUACGACAAUGGCAUCAACCUCUUCGAUACUGCAGAAGUCUACGCGGCGGGCAAGGCUGAAGUGGUAUUAGGAAACAUCAUCAAGAAGAAGGGAUGGAGACGGUCCAGCCUGGUCAUCACCACCAAGAUCUUCUGGGGAGGAAAAGCGGAGACCGAGAGGGGCCUUUCCAGGAAGCACAUAAUAGAAGGUCUGAAAGCCUCGCUGGAGCGGCUGCAGUUGGAGUACGUGGAUGUGGUGUUUGCCAACCGCCCGGACCCCAACACGCCCAUGGAAGGGGACCCAUUUAGUUCCUCCAAGUCAAGGACAUUCAUCAUAGAAGAGACCGUGCGCGCCAUGACCCACGUCAUUAACCAGGGGAUGGCCAUGUACUGGGGCACGUCACGCUGGAGCUCCAUGGAGAUCAUGGAGGCCUAUUCCGUGGCCCGACAGUUCAACCUGAUCCCGCCCAUCUGCGAGCAGGCCGAGUACCACAUGUUCCAGCGCGAGAAGGUGGAGGUCCAGCUGCCGGAGCUCUUCCACAAGAUAGGAGUGGGCGCCAUGACCUGGUCCCCUCUGGCCUGCGGCAUCGUUUCCGGAAAGUACGACAGUGGCAUCCCGCCCUACUCAAGAGCCUCCUUAAAGGGCUACCAGUGGCUGAAAGACAAGAUCCUGAGCGAGGAGGGCCGGCGCCAGCAGGCCAAGCUGAAGGAGCUGCAGGCCAUAGCUGAGCGCCUGGGCUGCACCCUCCCCCAGCUGGCCAUAGCCUGGUGCCUAAGGAACGAGGGAGUCAGCUCCGUGCUCCUGGGUGCUUCCAGCGCAGACCAGCUAAUGGAGAACAUUGGAGCCAUACAGGUCCUUCCAAAACUGUCGUCUUCCAUUAUCCACGAGAUUGAUAGUAUUUUGGGCAAUAAACCCUACAGCAAAAAGGACUACAGAUCCUAAGAAGCCCCGGCCGCUUGCCCGGACAGUUUCUGUUUCCCUCCCAGUCUCUCUGUUCGCUCGCUUAAGCUGUUUUGAAGCCAAGUCAGGGGUGUGGUUUGCAUCAAAAAGAAAACAUCCCGCGGCACGAGAUGUUGUGGGGAAAGAUCUCAAAAGUCGCUGCUAAGACACCAUUCGCCGCUUCGCGGGACGGAAUUCUGACCCGUGCUGGGGAGACCACGCUGACUGGGAAGGGUGUUGGCGCGGUCCCGUCCAAACUCGCCUGCAGCCCUGCUCACCCUCCUGGAAGACACCGCCACGUUUUCUCCCAGCCUCGGCCUUUCCCAGAGACGCCCCGAGUCCAGGCCAGGCCGAGACCCGGUCGGGUGCUGGGGGCAGCAGGGCUGGCCUCUCCUCUGCUGAGCACCCCCACCUGGUGUUGGGGGUGGGAAAGAGGAAACCAGGUCUGGCUCCUCCCGUGGCCCCUCUGCCAGGACACUGGACAUUGGGCAGGGCCUCCCAGGUGGGGCCCUCAACCUCCCUCCUUGCCAAGGGCUCCCGAUACUUUACCAUGGGCCCGACCUCAGAUUCAUUCUGCACCCGCUUCUCCACCACCCCCUGCCCCAGCGGGUCUCCAAGGGGCCUUCCAAGCUGUCCCUUGACCCCCACCCCCCCCCUUGCUGGCAGGGGCAGAGAUCCGGGGGGAUUCCUUAUCAGUUUGGGGUCCACAGGAAGUUGGGGGGGAGGGUUUCUAACCACGCUCAUCGCCCUGGCAGCUUCUUCCCCGCACACAGUUGACCAUCCCCGUGCCCAGAGCAGCCCGGAGCAUUCGGGAGGGGCCUGAGGAGCAGGCUCCAGCCUAGGUCCCUCCAGGGCCCCACCUACCCUCCUCUCCAGGUGCCCUGCCCACUGCCCCUCUGUCCUUGCCCCAGAAUGCCCUGAGGUCAUGCAUACUUAGCUAGACUGUGGUCGCUGGCUGGCCACAUGCCAGGCGGCCCACCUCUGCUCUGCCUGGGUAGUGGCCUCAGGGUCUGCAGAGAGAACACACGGUAGGCCCCUGGGGUUUUCCGUGCUGCAUGCGCGGGGGAGCUGGGGAGGCUGAACAUCCCGCAGAAGCCCCCACGAUCCAGGAAAAGGCCCCCAGGAGCCUCCCCCUGGAGCAGUGCCUUCUUCAAGGCCUCAGAUCGGGUCAGGGUGAGGCACCCCACAUUAGGGUGCUCAGUCUAGGUGCCCAGAGCAGGUUACCCGGGCAAACGGGCAGCAGUACCAACCCCGGAACCACCACAUGCACCCUGUGAGGAGGUCAGGACGGCUGGAGCCAGUCAUUCCUGGCGAUGCAUCCACCCCCCGCCCCCCAGCCUGGAACAGGACAGAACCGUCAGCCCCCCGGCUGGGAGGAUGAAGGGCACAGGCCUGCAGCCGGGAGUCCUGAGGUACCAGCCUCUGCUGGCUAUUUGGAGGCAGGAGCCCACUCUAGGGUGCCUCUGUGUCUCCGGUCCCAGCAGGUAGCAGCUGGCCCCACCUCGACACCCCUCCCCCUCCCCCGCCAACAGUCUCACCUUCACUGCUUUGCCCUGCCGUCCUCAGAGAGCCUCCUGGCCAGCCCUGGCUGGGCUGAGGCCUGAGAAAGCCACAAACUUCCUGACCUUUAUGCUGACCCUGGAGUCUAGGACCUUCCCCCCCUCCCAGCCCAGGCCCCUGGGCUCAUCACCGAAUCUAUAAGCUGCACACUGGGGGUGUGGGGAGGGGGUGAGCCUAUCCUGGCAGGGGCCCCUGGCCUGUGGCCACUGCCCACCCCCCCACGGGAUGGGUGUCUAGCUCCCAGGACAGGCAGGGACCAGGUGCUCUGGGCCAGGCAGCCACCAGAUUGCCCACCCCUCACUGGGGAGAGCUGCUGGGCCCCCUUCACACUGCUGCCCCCUUCAUGGGGAGCCACACCUGGGAAGGCAGUCCCCUGUUGGCCACAUUUGCCCCCAGAGUUGAGCUGGGCCAAGGCUGAAAUACCCAUGGCAAGGACCCAGGCAGCCUCCCCAUCCUGGGGCACUGUCCACAGCCUGAUUCUGAGCUAUUUCUCCCACACCCACUUGCAGGGAGGACCCGGCUCUGCUUCCUGGGGGAGGGCCCCUGACUUAGAAGGGGUCUGGUGGGGCGGCAGUCGGGGAAAGAGAGAGUCUGGAAACAAGCUGGGCAGAGUUGGGGCCUGGAGGAGUGUGGCCUGGGACCCAGCACGGGUUUACGCUGGCCGCCUGGUCGAGGGAAGCCUCCCAGCCUCUGGCCCAACCCUUGAGGCAGUUUGCCCCAGGGGACCCCCUCCGGGAAUGCCCAGCACCGGAAGGAGGUCCACUCUGGGAGCAGGGGUGGGAUCCUUCUCCCUUGCUGACACACGGAGUCCCCCCCCCCCCCUUUCUCAUCCCAGAUCCAGUGCAAAUCCGAGGUCCGGAGGAAUGACAGAGGGGCUUGCUCGGUCUUCUGUCAUGUAAAUAAUGUGCUUUUCUUCUCUCCCCCCUUUUUUUUUUUAAUGACUGUGGCUCCUCAGCUAACUGCACUCCCUACGUAGGCAGAGACUGCCUCAUGCCUCGCGCUUCCAGACGACAGUCAGCGAGACACAGCCACCGUAUUUAUGGAAUGACAAAUAAAACCCCAGCCUGUCGGGGUCUGCGGC